AUGGCGCUGGGGCUGCUUAUCGCCGUGCCGUUGCUGCUGCAGGCGGCGCCCCCCGGCGCGGCGCACUACGAGAUGAUGGGCACCUGCCGCAUGAUCUGCGACCCCUACACCGCCGCCCCGGGCGGGGGGCCGGCGGGAGCCAAGGCUCCGCCGCCGGGACCCAGCACGGCGGCGCUGGAAGUCAUGCAGGACUUGAGCGUCAACCCUCCGCCCCCUUUCAUCCAGGGACCCAAGGGCGACCCGGGGCGACCUGGCAAGCCGGGACCGCGGGGACCCCCGGGAGAGCCGGGCCCACCUGGACCCCGGGGUCCCCCGGGGGAGAAGGGCGACUCGGGGCGGCCCGGGCUGCCUGGCCUGCAGCUGACGGCGGGCGCGGCCGGAGGUGUCGGGGUGGUGGGUGGCGGAACCGGGGGCGGCGGUGACUCUGAGGGCGAAGUGACUGGCGCGCUGAGCGCCGCCUUCAGCGGUCCCAAGAUCGCCUUCUAUGUGGGUCUUAAGAGCCCCCACGAAGGCUACGAGGUGCUCAAAUUCGACGACGUGGUCACCAAUCUCGGCAAUCACUACGACCCUGCUACGGGCAAGUUCAGCUGCCAGGUGCGUGGCAUCUACUUCUUCACCUACCACAUCCUCAUGCGCGGCGGCGACGGCACCAGCAUGUGGGCGGACCUCUGCAAGAACGGGCAGGUCCGGGCCAGCGCCAUCGCGCAGGAUGCCGACCAGAACUACGACUACGCCAGUAACAGCGUGGUGCUACACCUUGAUUCGGGGGACGAGGUGUAUGUGAAGCUGGACGGCGGAAAGGCGCACGGAGGCAAUAACAACAAGUACAGCACCUUCUCUGGCUUUCUUCUGUACCCGGAUUAGAGGGGCAGGGAGCGCGAGGUGGGGUGGCUUCAGGCCGCCCUAUGCCCGUGGGGGCGCUCUGUUCCCUGGCGAGGACCACUGUCGCUUCGUGACACUUGCUGACAUCGUUGGAAAAGACACACCCCCGCUGUCCUUCCUGCCCCGCUUCCGACCUCCGUGCGUCUGUGACUCGCCAAGCUCCCGGCUGUGCUCCUGGUCCCCGGCCCCAACCCGGGGCGGGGGAGCAGGACGCCCAAGUGGAGAAAUGAGCGUGAAACUGAAACCCCAGCCAGGGAGGCGGCAGCGCAGACUUUGCAGAGCUGAUUGGACUGGACAGGCCCCGGCGGGAUGCCUGAGCGCUUCCAGUCCCCCUCCUCCUCCGAGAGCCCUGAGACUGAGGGCUCCCAGCUCUGGCCACCGAGGUAGGCCAAAGCGAGCACGAGCUCCCUGGGGUGUCCUUCUUUGUGACCUGAAAUACUUGUGCAAAUGUCCCUGUCCAUCAGCUGAAAUCCCACCCUCAGCAGAAUCCCAGCAAUCAGAAAAUCCAUCUCUACACCGCACUCCCGCCUCAGACCUACCGCGAUGCAUUAAAUUAUGUUUCUAGACUAUGGACUCUUGAUGUCUCUGUCAGCCUGGUCCCGGGACCGGGCCUCCAGAUGUUCACCUUGACAUAAAGACCGGAACUGGGCCCUGAAUAGCUCCAUCUCUACCCUGGUUGCCAACCACUGCCUUGUCUGUGCUGCCUGGGUGGGUGAAAAGAUGUGCGGAGAUGGGAGGGUAGCCUCUCACCCUUUAGGGUGCAUCUCCGCUGGGCUGGGCUGCAGCCUUGAAUUGGAGGGGACCAGAGGAGGGCGGGAGGAAGAAUUAGAGGGUGACAGGAGACGGAGUUUGGAUUCUCAGGAUCCUAGCCUUGUGGGAGGCAGUCAGAGGCCAGGAGUUUCUGGAGAAGGAAAGGGAAGAGGAGGCAUUUCUGCAAAAUGAGAGGGGUGAAGGAGAUAUUUGCCAUCAGAUGAUCUCUGAGAUCUCCUAAAAGGCAGUAGAGAAAUCCCUGAGGAAACACACCCACUCGGGCAUGUAAUGCACUCAGCACAUGUCUAUCAGCUUACACUAGCUGGGUCCAUAAUCUCCAGGUCAACUGCCUGGUGCACUGAGGCAAUUGUAUGGACCAUCCAGCUCCCUAAAUUCACCCAGAGCUGUGUGAUAAAUGAGAUAGACUCUCCCCUUCGUGGUGGGACACCCCCCUUGGGGGGUCUUCCUGUGUGUGUGGUGGUGUGGGGCACCUGCUCUGAACCUGACUGCAUUUGUUUGGUCCUUCCCUCCCCUUCACUGUCACACACGUGCACACACACACACACAGAGGUUAAGAAAACACUCCACAUGGUGUUUUUGUUUUUUCACUUUUUUGUUCCAUUUUUCGAUUAUUGAGUUCCAAUAAACAGUAUGUUAUCUACAAAAUAGCUAGCUAGCAACCUGUUAGUAUUUACAGAGCUUAUUUUGACCAGUUGUUUGCAGAGAAAUGUGAAUACGUACACAGAGGAAACCCUGGAGUGUGCUACCUAUGUUGAACUGGAUAUGCACACACACCCCAUGCGGAUAUAAUGUGGUUGUCAUCGCUAAUCCGUGUUACACAGGUGCACACACACACACAUAUUCAUAGACUCAUGUCAGUGUGGUGUGUGACAUAUUCGUGGCUAUGUGUCUGCUCCCAAAUCGCAAUGUGCUCAACUUUAGUUCCUGGAAGAUGCUGAAAUUUGUGAUUCUGAUUUAAAAGACAAUUAUACCCCCUGCCUUGAGUCUUGUCUCUGUCGCUAUUCCUUUUUAUGCUUUUAUUUUAUUUGAAUAAUGUUUUAUUGUCAUUCACUUGAAUAUUAGCAAUGACUGCAUCUGCUUCAAGUCUAGGCAUAAAGUGCUCAAAGAUAUCGAGCAGGAAAACAAUAUCCACAUGCAAACCAUCACCCUCCUAGUUCCAGCCCAAAUGAGCUGCAAUUCCCCACCCACCCCACCACACCCCAGUGACUGUGGAACCCGAAGCCACCUGAGCCCAGGAACAGGGGAGGGCAGAGUCGAUCCCGUCUACAGUCGCGUACGUAUCAA